UGACCGGGUGGAUGCGGUUAUUUUGGCGCGAAAAGUCGGUGCGGUUGCAUCAGUCAGAUCCGUGGAGAUGCGCGGGUUCGCGUCAGUGGCGGCGGCGGCGUGCGUCGCGCUAGGUGUCGCGUCUUGCGUCCAAGUUUCAAGUGCCCAAAGGGAUAACCGGCUGGUGCCGUUCACGAGCAUAAACAACAUCCUCCUCAAAGGGAUUCUCAACGUCCAGAGGACAUUCCGCAGUCGCUGGGACCGCUACCGACGCCAAGAAACCAACGAGAUCGAGCCCUACAAACAAACCACUGACGAGGCAGUGUUAAAUGAGGGGUACCCAGCGGAGACUCACUUUGUUAUCACCGACGAUGGAUAUAUUCUGACGCUGCACCGGAUUCCGCACGGCAGGAUAGAGGAUGAGACGCCAAGGAAGAGACCGGUUGUCUUGGUUAUGCAUGGCAUCUUGUGCAGUUCCACGGAUUGGGUUAUAACUGGAGUCAACGAGAGUUUAGGUUUUGUCCUCGCAGACGCUGGUUACGAUGUGUGGUUGGGUAAUGCCAGAGGGAAUACAUAUUCCCGAAAACACCUAAAAUUAGAUCCAGCUCGGAGCCCUAGGAAAUUUUGGAACUUCAGUUUCCACGAGAUGGGGAUCCUAGACCUACCAGCGAUGAUCGACUAUGUUCUGAACGUAACAGAGCAGAGCUCGUUGUCGUACGUGGGUCACUCGAUGGGCACGACCAUGUUCUACGUCUUGUGCUCGCAACGGCCCGAGUACAACUCCAAAGUGCGUGUCAUGUUCAGUUUGGCGCCCGUUGCAUACCUGACCUACGUUCGGAGUCCGGUCAUUCGGUUCUUAUCCACCAUCUCGGAUCCGCUCGCGUGGCUCUGUAAUACUCUUGGAUAUUACGAAUUUUUGCCAAAUCAGCGAUUUUUAUCGUUAGUAAACCAAACGGUUUGUCAGCAAGGAUCUCUCGGCCGAGGGAUCUGUAACAACGCUCUCUUUUUGAUAGCCGGGUAUGACACGAACAAGCUUAAUAAGACAUUCGUGCCAACAAUAUUAGGCCACGUACCAGCAGGGGCCUCCUCGAAAACUCUAACACAUUUCGUGCAAUGUAUGCAGAGAGACCUAACUUUUGGCCAAUACGACUACGGGUGGUACACAAACCGGCAAGUAUACAAGAACACGAGGCCACCGCAGUACAACUUACAGAAUAUUCAAGUCCCUGUUAUCAUGUUCCAUAGUGAUAAUGACUGGAUGUCGACGCCGAAAGAUGUGAAUAAUUUGGCGGAGAGAUUGCCAAACUUGGCUGGAAAAUUUAAAAUUUCCUCCUUCAACCACUUGGAUUUUAUGUGGGCAGUCUCAGCGAAAGCUAUGAUCUAUAACAGAAUCGUUGAAAUGAUGGACAGUUAUAAUGAUCUCUAGUCACAAAAGUUGUAAUUUUUAAGAAAAAUGUGAUUUUAACAUAAGUCAGCUCUCAAAAUAUUUGAAUUGUUCCUUAAUAAAAAUGGUUGGGUAUCGGCGACUCACGAAGAGUCCCUGUGAAUCUAAUACAGAUGGACACCAUAUACACUGCCUUAAGGUAUUGAGAUGUUUUACUCUCACCAGAAUUUGUAAACACGAUAUGAAAAAAAGGGCGAACUGUAGUCUUUUAAAGAUUGUUAAUAUUAGAAAACCAUUUUGAUUUAUGUGUAUUUUCUCAGGAAAUCUAAGGGUGAAAAAAAUUCUGUCUCCUCAAGUUUUGUGUAAGGAUGAGGAUUAUUUUCGUUUUACCAAACCAAACUGAAUAGCAAAAAAAAAAGUGUUGUAUAUCUCCUUCAUGGCUUAUAAAUUACUCGCCGAAUUUCUUUUAGACUUGGGUUAACAGAAUUCGUAGUCUGUAUUUAAAUAAAAUAUUGAAGACUUGGGUGAAAAAAGGGGACUUCUCUACAAUGUUUCAGAAUGCAUUUUUUGCGAGAAACUAUGGAUCAUUGAAUUUGAAAUUUCUGCCAAAAAUAUCACGCAUUAAAAGUAUUCUUAGGCACAUUUCUACUGUAAGUAUUUUUUUGUAAAGAGUAAAAAUGUAGAAGAAAAUGCUGAAACACUGAAAAUGAGAACAACAUGAGUUUGAACAUUCUGAAAGAAACAAUACAUUAAAAUUAGAGUUAGUUAAACCCCCAUACAGCUUCAUUAAAGUAUCUACUUGCACACUGCUCGUAUGCGUGAUGCUGAUAGGCAUGCAUUUGAUUGGUUUCGAAAUAAUUGAUCCUAUAACAAUAAACUAGUUUGUUUGAAGAAAGAAAAUGUAACGAUGCCAUAUUUUGUGAUAUUCCUCUGAUGUUUCAUCAAAUCCGCUGAUUACGAUUAUAAAUUCCGGGUGUAAAAUUAUUAAAUUGAUUAAAAAUAAAAGAGCUAAGCGAAACAGUCACACUUGCAUUGCGUUGGUUUAAAAUAGCAUUUUCUAUUUUAUUUUUUUGGAAGGGAACCAAUCAGCAAGCAUCCUCACCAGAAAAUUGAUGCAAUUUUUCUUACCUAUGUGCAGAUUAUUUCCGCAAAAUGUUAAGCGAAAGUGUUUCUUUCUUCUCUUCUAAAAUAUGAACAUAGAAAAUGAUAUUUUGAAACACCGCAAUGCGAAUGUAACUUUUUGUCUUACUCUCUCCAAGUAGUACAUUGCAAAAAGUUCAGUUCUGCAAGUCCAUCGCAGGAGCAAGACAAUUGUCGAGGUUCAACAAAUUCGUUCAAAGUGGGCACCCAAGUGUGAGGGAGUCUGUAAUGUUUUUGAAAACUUAUUUACUUUGAGAAGUCCUCAAAAAUAUAAAAAAAAAAAUCCAUAUAUCUCCUAUCCUAAAUCUCCUUCCAAGUUCACAACGCACUCCAAAACCUCAAAUAUAAUAUUAGCAGAAAAGGAAUAUUUAUUUUUUAAAUAUCUAUACAUAUGAACAGUAAUUGAUAACACUUGUAUAUAAUGUAUAUAUUUUAAUUUGUAAAUAAAAACAUGUUU